ACUCCUGCAAGCCUAAAAUGGCAGGCAGGAUUAACGUUGCUUGUGCUGUGUGCAUGCUGUGUAUUGAAUUCAUUAUACUGUGCCUAGUAUCUCAAAUGUGAGUAUGUAAAUGGUCUGUGUGCCAUGUCAUGCAGUAGUGAAGAGUGGUUUGUGCUUCAUUACAGGCUUAGAUAUUUGAGCAUCACCUUAAGAAGUCUUUUUUCAUUUGCAAUGUGGUGAGCUGUUAGCUUGUCAUCACAUUCAAACUACAUUAUUAGCCCUUGGAAAGGGAGAAAAAAAAAGCAAACUGUGCUUCCAGAUGGUGUCACCCUUUUUCUUCUUGCGUUUACUGUAGUUUAAAUAAUGUAUAUUGUAUUGUUAAUUAAUGUGAAUAUCGAAUUAAAGCACUUGAAACUUACAUAUUUAUUAUGCAGGUAGGAGGCACGUCGAAUCUAUUUUUAACUCUUACGCAGUCCACGUUGUGCAAUGGGCUUUGGUUGUCGAGUUUAUAUUUUCAGCUGUGAUAUCAAUAGGUUGAUUUUCAGUAAAUGUGACAAGUGGCCUUUGCAGUGGUCAGCUUCAAGCUUUGAACCCUCUGAGGAGGAGAAAAAAAAAAAGCCAACCUUGUGUUGCAGUUUCGGAAAACCUUGGAUGAGGACGUGUUUGUUUUUUUUUUCCCACUCCUGCUUUCCCUGUUGAUAAACUCAGUUCUCCUGAUCACGGUCUAUUCAAGCUGCUUCUCAUCUGAAUUUUGACAACUGCUUCUAAAAAAUUAUCAAGAAGAUCAAGAAUAGAACUUAUCUCCAUCGCUUUACAUAAAAAUGGCUGGGUGCAUUGCCAUGCUAACACUGCUCUAAGUGGUACAUGCAGAUGACAGUCAUGUCCCAUUCAAAGGAUCUCAAGGAUGACUUCCACAGCGACACUGUACUUUCCAUUUUAAAUGAACAGCGCAUUCGGGGUAUUCUGUGUGAUGUCACCAUAAUUGUGGAAGAUACCAAAUUUAAAGCCCAUAGUAAUGUGCUGGCAGCUUCAAGCCUUUACUUUAAAAACAUUUUUUGGAGUCGUACUAUCUGUAUUUCAGGUCACGUACUGGAGUUAGAUGAUCUCAAAGCUGAAGUGUUUACAGAAAUACUGAAUUACAUCUACAGUUCCACAGUAGUUGUUAAGAGGCAGGAGACUGUAACGGACCUUGCAGCUGCAGGGAAAAAGCUGGGAAUAUCAUUUCUGGAAGAUCUUACAGAUGUGAAUUUUUCAAGUUCCCCCUGCCCCUAUGCAUACUGUGUUAAUGAGAAGGGGAAUGUCAAAGAGGAAAAACACGAAAAGAGACACGAAGACUCCGCUGUGACAAAUGGACCACGAAUUACAAAUGCAUUCUCAAUUUUUGAGACAGAAAGCAGUUUGUUUUCUCCACUCGAUUUGAGGGCCAGCUUUAAAAAGGUUUCUGACACAAUACAAGCUCCCAAUAUCAGCCUCGACAGAAGCGAUGUUUGCAAAGAUGCUGAGCCAGCCAGUACCUUGGCUGAACACUCCUAUGCAGUUUCUUCUGGGGGAGACACUUCACAAGGAGCCCCUUUUGUGGAACAGGACAGCAGCCCUUCAUACCAGGGGGGUGAGGACCGCUAUGAAAACCACCAAGCCACGCCAGUCAUUCAGCAGGGAAAACAAGCAGGUAGUACUCCCAAGCCAGCCUUUAAGCCCCAGAGUACGAGUUUGGCUGUAGCAAAAGUACCAGCCCCUACAGUAACCACUGCAGAAGCCCAGCAUGAAGCAGUUACUGAUCAGACAAUUACUUCCUUUCCGAAACCUCAGAAUAAAGCAGGAGAUUUCCAUUUAUCCAGAGAAGAACAAGACAGUUCUGCUAAUGUUUCUGCAUCUGAGACAACUGUCAUUCCACCUGCUUACAGUUGUAACUGUUGCACAAAAUCAUUCAAUGACAGGGCAUCGCUCACUGCUCAUCUUCAACUCCAUUCAGAGCAUCAGGAAACUUUCAUAUGCAAAUACUGCAGCAAACAGUUUGCAAAUCUAAAUAUACUGGAAAGUCAUGAACAAGUCUGCAUGAGAUCAAGUAGCUUAUCGGUUCACAAUGGAAAAGAACAAAAUUUUGCAGAUAACUAUACUGCUACAGAGGGAAGGAAUGGAAGUUCAUAUGCAAACACAGAGCCCUUGUUGUCUGAAAACAGUGUCACUGAUCGUUCUAAUGCAAACUGCACUUUGCCAGAGACAGAUCAUUUGGUUAAAGUGGUCGAUGGGCAGAUAUUAUACACUUGUGUCGUUUGCAAGCGCAGCUAUGUAACACUGUCUAGCCUUCGAAGACAUGCAAAUGUGCACUCGUGGAGGAGAACGUACCCUUGUCACUACUGCAAUAAAGUGUUUGCAUUGGCUGAGUACCGCACCAGACACGAGAUCUGGCACACGGGGGAGAGGCGGUAUCAGUGCAUUUUCUGUCUGGAGACUUUCAUGACUUACUAUAUACUGAAAAAUCACCAGAAGUCCUUCCACGCAAUUGACCAUCGUCUCUCAGUAAAUAAAAAGACAGCCAACGGAGGUUUAAAACCCAGUGUGUACCCAUACAAACUGUACAGGCUCUUACCGAUGAAAUGCAGGCGAAUGCCUUACAAGUCCUACCGAAAUUCUUCAUAUGAAAAUGUUCAAACAACUACCCAGGCCAAUGAAACUACUUCUGCUAACUGCUUCAUUCCGACUUCUCUUAGCUCUGAGCUACCACCACUAAAUUUUCAACAUAGUAUAAUAGCAAACAACAGAACUCUGGCCUUGGAUACAUCUUCACAUAAUGAUACAGCACCUUCCACGAAUACUCAGAAUUCUUCCUCUUGGGGAGUAAGUAUCUUAAAUUCUGACUUGCAGAGGGACUUUUUCACAGCUGAAAAAAGAGUUUCCACUGCUGCGAAUGACUCUGGUUCUCAGGAGUGUGAUUCCUCAGUUGUGUCUUUAAGUAAUGUGAAUGAAAAUUCAACCUCUGUCAUCAGUUACAGCAGUUCUGCACCCUCUGUUAUAAUGCACAGUAGCAGAGUUUCAUCAGUAAUCAUGCACAGUAAAACAAUCACUUCCAUAGAAAACAGUAAGACAGAAUCUUCAAAUAAUCUGCCUAGUCAGUCCGUAAGCGAUGACGGUAAGUAUGGACCAGAUAAUUAUGGGAAGUGCAUUACAAAAUCAAAAACUAUUAAGGAGAAAAAGAAAACACUGCAGUACAACAGAGCAGAAGCAACUGAGGAUACACAGCAUGUCACAGGAUCUGGGGGUUCAUCAAGCAAAACAAUAAAUACUGUGCAAGAAUCAAGUAAAACUGAAACAUACAUUGCAAAGCCUGCCUUACCUGGAACGUCUGCCGACAGCAAUGUCGCACCUCUGUGUCAAAUAACAGUAAAAAUUGGUAAUGAAGCUAUUGUAAAAAGACAUAUUUUAGGAUCCAAGCUGUUUUGUAAAAGGGGACGAAAAUCUAAACAUGAGUCCAAGCAGGACAAUCUAACUGAGGAACCAGAAAUAGAGGUAAAAGAAAAGAGCCCGUCUAGACUUUAUAGCUCAGAAUGCCUGGAACUGACAGAAAUGUGUGAUGAUGUAAGUGACCAGGACUCCAGUGAUAAACCCUGGAGACCCUAUUAUAAUUACAAACCAAAAAAGAAAUCGAAACAGCUAAGAAAAAUGAAAAAGACCAAAUGGAGGAAAAAGCACGGAAGCAAGAACACCAUUAUGGAAAGCCACAACACGUGCAGUCGAGAGUAUGCACUCAGGAAUGCUCCUGAGGAAAAGGCCAUCAGCCAGGAAGACAACACAGAAAUGCCUAAUCUUCAUUGUGAGCUCUGUGAAAGAGACCCAUCUUCCACAGCAGAAGGUCAAGAACACGUGCACUGGCAUGUAGCUACUUCAAAGCCUUACAUUUGUGAGUUAUGCCAAAAACAGUUUCAAAGUCCAUCCACUUUAAAAAUGCAUAUGAGGUGUCACACUGGGGAAAAGCCCUACACUUGCAAAACCUGUGGUAAAUGUUUCUCAGUUCCUGGAAAUCUACAGAAACACGAACGUAUUCACCUGGGUGUCAAGGAUUUUGUCUGCCAAUACUGUAAUAAGGCGUUCACUUUAAAUGAAACACUCAAAAUACAUGAAAGAAUUCAUACUGGAGAAAAACGCUACCACUGUCAGUUCUGCUUUCAGAGCUUCUUGUACCUUUCUACCAAAAGGAACCACGAGCAAAGGCAUGUCCGUGAGCACAACGGAAAAGGAUAUGCUUGCUUUCAGUGCCCCAAAAUUUGCAAGACAGCAGCUGCUCUGGGAAUGCACCAGAAGAAACAUCUAUUCAAAAGUCCAGCUCCACAGGAUAGAAAAGAACAGUUUUGCAAUGAAAGCACUAAACUUCUGGAAAAUCCACGUUUCCUUGGCUCAGAAGGAAGUGAAGUGAAAAAUACACAAAGUGUAGCUCCAGAAGUUAUACUCUGAGUGGGAGCUGUGCAAAAGAGAAUCAAAACCCAAAACUAUAUAUUGGAGAAGAUAGAGAUGCAUUGAACGGGGAAAGUCUCCACUCAAAUUAGUAUCAUUUACUAUGAUAAAGUUUCUUCAUCUAAAUGUGUGUCAGUAUAUGCAAAAGAAGGAAAAAUAACAGAAAAACUAGUAUUUGCAAUAAUACAAACUUAAUGUGAAAUACCCAAAAUACUUUUGCCACAAUAGACUCUUGGAGAGAGAGAGAGAAAGGAAAAAAAUGACCAACCAAAACCCUUCUACUUAACAUUACAGGUAACUUGGUCACUGAACUAUUUUACAGUGCUGGUUUUGAGUCAGAAUCGUUCUAGGCAAAAGAAAUAAGUAGGUUCAUGGUGUAUUCCGUAGAAGGAUUUUUUGCUGCAGAAACUAUAUAUUGCAUUUUUUAAAACAAAAAGUAACGUGUUUAUAAAGGACAUAACUGUAAUCUAGUGUAUUCUACAGUGAAGGUGGGAAGUGUUUCAUGGGCUCGAGUGUACCGAAGUACAGUUGAGUUCUGCUGUGCUUUUCUGUAACUCCAACAUUUACAAAACAUAGUCAGGAGUUUAAACUACUCUUUUCCUUUCCAUAUUCAGUUUUGUAGUUACCAUAAUAACUGUUAAGUCUGAGUGCUUGUGUGGAGAGUAUUCCAGAUUUAUGAUAUCUCUGAGACAUUUAAUAACCAUUCAGUAGAAGUCAUUAUAGCCAGUCUUCCAAACUGCUUAAAUCCCUAUGUCAAUGGCCUGGUGAGCUAUUCAGGUGCAUUGGUCUUAAGGAAAUUGUCCUGAAACAGCCUAGCUUAAAGAAAUCCUGUAUAGAAAUGUCCACCUCCUGGUGGGUCUGCAACUCCUGUCUUUAGAAAUAUCAUUCUUCUCAGCAGAAGAGGAGAUGCAGACAGAGUUUUUUUCCUCAUCCUAGAAUAAUGCCUAGACACAAACAACAGAGCAAUUCCCCAUAAAUACUUUGAUUUUGAGAGGAGUUGGUAAAUAAGAUUCUUGCUUUCAUAUAUAUCCCUGAGGCAGUCCUUGUGUAUAAACAGGAACAGGGGCAGUUUGUGGGGUUCCCUGUCAUCUCCAUGCCUUAAAUGCAACUUUUAACCUUCAAAUGUCCCUUCUCGGUGAUCCCAAGUGUGCCAGCACCUGGCCCCCGGCAGGCUCUGCCGCAGUGUCCCGUGGCCCAUAGCAGAGAGGUGCUGGGAAUGGGCUGGAGGAAGGAGUGUUGGCCUUCCUGCCUCCCUCAUCCCGCCACACCGAAGGUCUUGGUGAGCCUUACAGCCUCACAGCCUCACAGUUCACUAAGGACUGUCUGAAAGACAUCACCAAAAUAUUCCAAUUAACACUGUUUUGUGGAAAUGUGAUAAAUUUUAACUGAGAUGUUCAAAAAAAGUCAAAGCGGGUGUAUGUCUACGAGUUGCAUUUUAUAUGAUAGGGCUCUGUUGUACUGUAUCUGCAUUUCCAAUUACUCAUGUAUGUUUAUCCCUGUGAAGUGUUAAAAAAUUAAGUCAGGACAAGGGUUAGUGAUCCUCAGCUUCAUUCUGUGUGAUGGUUCACAGUUUGUUACUUAACUUCGUCUUCUCGAAUAUUUUAAGAGAAAUUACAGCUUGGGUACAAUAAAAUUACAAUUGAAAUGAUAAUACAGUAUUGAUUGAAGUAAUAAUAUAGUCCACUUACUUAUUCUAUCACUGGUGAAUGCUAUGAACACCUUGAGAAAUUUUGGCUUCAUGGUAGCUUUGGUUCCAUUUAAAUAAGGAUAACAGAAUAAUAAAACACAGGAAAAUAUAAUGAUGCUUCAAAGAAAGUACACAAAGAUAUCUUCUAAGUGGACUUGUAUGGUGAUAAAUAUAGACCAAAGCAAAUAAGGUAGAAUAUUUAUAAAUACAAAGAUAAUUUUACAAAUAUUUUAUAUAACUGUAUAGUUCAUGAGAAAAAUAUUGUUAGCUUGCAUUAGGUUGGGGGGGUUUGUAUAUUUUGAUAAAAACACAACAACUUUGUAACUCUGUAUAUUCUCUACAGUUUAUAGCAAAGCAGUUUUAAGAUGGCAAUGUCAUGUUUAUAGUUCAGUUGUGGCACUUUUACUACAAGUAACACGUUGCAGUAAUUAAUUGAGUAUUAAUGACCAAAUUAGAAUUAAAGUAUGUGUAAGAGAAGGUAAAUACUAUACGUUGUCAAAGACUGUAAUUUGUUACAUAAUCACAUCUGUAUUUUUGUUUAGAAGAAAAUAUUAAAUGCAGAUGUUAAGGAUUGAUAAAGAGUCUAAUUUUAUUUUUAGAAAGAGUGAUUAUAACUCUGUUUUUGCUUAAUUAAAACAACAUAUUCCUA